GCAAUGCGAACCACCUAACUGACGAAUUCGAUUGGAUCAAGGAUGUAUGGGCAACCUCCUGCUCUCCCAAGAUAAGAAUGUUCCUUUGGUCGAUAGCUCACGAUGCCUUGUCCUUGGGAAAGAACCUAUAAGAAGGGAAAUUAAUUCAGAUGUGAAAUGCCCAAGAUGUAAGAGUUUUGAGUCUCCUAUACAUACCUUCUUCAUGUGUCCUUUUGCGCAAAAGGUUUGGAGCAAAAUCCCUCUUAAAGAAGCAGUUCACAUAGCUGCCACAGAUAACGUCAAGUCAGCAAUGGUCCGGUUCCGCACAGCGAUCUGUCUACCACCAUCUGGAAUACCGAACAGUAUAUUACCAUGGGUUUGUUGGUCGAUUUGGAAAGACAGUAACUCACUAAUCUUUGAAGGAGAAAGCGCACAACCUGAAGAUGUAGCAAUGAAAGGCAUAGCUUUAGCACGGGAAUGGAGCGAAGCACAAGGAUCAAAAGUUAAAGCUCAGAAGACUCACACAAUUCUUCAGAUAAGUAAAACAAGAGACCUUCCUCAAUCCAAUCCACAGAUCGCCGUUCGACUCAGGGCGGGACUUGCUUGAAUUCUCACCGAAACACCGGCUACGGUAGUAAAGAAUGACACCUCGAUUCAGGACUUCGUCACCUCGCCGCUGGUCGCUGAGGCGCUGGCGAUCAGGGAAGGGCUCUAUUGAACUGCAAGCCAGGAGAUCUCACAUCUCUGGAUCUGCUCCGACAAUCUAACGUUCAUUGGAGUAAUUACCAACAAGACACAGAGGAAAAAACUGUUGGGGAUCAUCAAAAGACAUCCAGAAUCUCUUGUUUGUAUUUGUUUCAAUUGAUUUCUUUCAUAUUCCGAGAGAAAAGAACGAAGAGACUGAUGCUUUAGCAAAAGCCUCUCUCAAGAACUCUUUUGUGUAAUGAACCUCUCUUUUUUUUUUUCCCAACUGGUUGAUUUUUAAUAAAAGGAAUGGGCCAAGCCCAGAGUACACGGAUAAACAGCCCAAAUACAUAAACGGCUAAACGAGGCCCACAAACAACAAACUACAACC